AUGAGCAGUACAGCAGUUAUUUCCUUUCUUGGUAUUUUCUUGGUGUUUGGAUCACUGAAGUGUAACGCUAACAAGACAGAUCUUUAUAUUCUCCAGAUGGUUGAAUCACCCCUUUUUAACGGCAUUAUCCCCUGUGAAGGGAUGACACUUGCUUACGAAGUUGCUAAGAACUCUUCUUCUUUCAAAUCCUUCUUUGAAAAGUAUGAAAUUCAGAUGAAAUGCCCUGCGACUUGGGUAAGUUCGCAACUCGCCUUAUGGGGGCGAGUUUCAAGAAAGGCCGACACCAUUUUUACGACAUAUUAGUCAGAGAGUUACGGUGAACGUGAGUUUUUGUGAUAUCCAGAAUAAUCAAGGUCGAAGUAGGGGUUAUUAGCCGAAGAUCUUGAUUAUUCUGGAUAUCACAAAAACUGAAUCUAAUAAUUGUUUUAUUAUUCAUUGAACGAAAAAAAAUGGUCAGGACAGUAAGUGGAACUGAUAAUUUAUUUCUAAACGUGUAAAAAUACCGUAGGUUCUCUCAGUUUUGUCUCUUUCAUCUAAUCAGCAAACAGCUCCUUUGCCACCUUCGUCGACUUUUUUGUGGUUUGUAAGUCCUUGUCUUCGACUAUUUUUCGAUGUCUUGCUCGGUCAACGAAGCAAACCUUGAAGUCAAUGUUUUUGCCUCUUCACUGACGGCAAGCAACACAAAGCGCGCGAACUUGACGUGAUUACCCUUAUCAUGCACCACGGUCAUACAUGACAUGAUUACCCGUGACCUUGAGUGUCCUCAGUUGACAUGAUUAUGUCCCAGGCGCUGAUUUCGAAAAUUCACUGUACGCUUUCGGCCAAUCAGAAAAGAGAUAGUGAGUUGAAUGUAUAAUAAUUGGAAUUAUUUCAGCGUGAUUUCCGUAAAGAAAAAGGCAAAAAAAUUUGUAUCAAAACUAGGUCCAUUCUAGCCUCAAAGGCUAGAGUCAGGGGCACGCAACGAAUUAAUGUUCCCAAAUUCGUGAGAAUUGUCUCAAAAAGGUUUUCUCCAUGUUUUAGAAGCCUGUUUGGUUAAUUUGAAGCUGCCCUAAAAACUGUUUAUCUCUUCGGAUGUCUAAGCGGAACUUUGGUAGUCUUGAAAGUUUCGUCUCGCAUUCGAAACUGUUAGCUACCCUGGUGGGUCCGAUCAAAAAUUCGAGGAAAUGGAUUAGCCCUAUUUUCAUUAGAAAAUUGUAGAGUACAUUUUGUAUGAAAACCUUGCCUGCAUCUGUAGCAACAGAAGACAGGAGGCAGUUUGACUACCUCAUAUUCUGAAGUAACAAAGCUGAGCCACUGAUUUUGCAAUUCAAUUGAAGGGAAGACACGUUAGCUAGAGUUUUAAAAAUAUGAGCAAAUAGCUUGACAUAUAGUCCCUGUAAGACCUUGAGUGUUGGCCCGGCUGGGAGUCGAACCCUGGCCUAUCUCUAUAAGCUUUGGUACCUAACCAAUAUUUCGCUCAGUAGUUAUUAGUUAAUUUUUUUAUUGGCAGGUUGAUUCAUAGUAUUGAAGUAUUGUUUUAUUAUUUGCUACAGCAAAAUCCCGGGCUCGCUGUUCUGAAAAUGGCUGAAGCUUUUAAAGUUCGUGAAACCUAUCCGCUGAUAAUCCUAGGGCCUCACACUUCUAAGGAAGCUACUGCAGUUUUACAGGUGGUGGACCUUUACAGAAAGCUUAUGGUAAGUAACAGUCACAAUAAAGAAAUUCGUAGUAUAAUAUACAAACAGUAGUUACAUGGAUUUUGAUAACUCCUAGAUUGUGUUCACAGUGCCCUAUUUUUCCGUAAGAUCGUCGAGAUCGAGCGCUUGACUUUGCGUUUCUUGGAUGAGUGUCAAAUCUACUAAAGGGGCAGGGGACGAUUUUUUUCUCGCCUCCCUUCCCCUACCGCUGUAAACCCCGACGCCUCUUCGGUACACGUGAAAUCGAGAUGGCCGCCCGUACCGGAAAUCGCUCGAUCCUGACGAUGUUACUAAAAAAAUAGGGGACUAUGAACUGAAAUCGCCUUGAGAGCCGUAUGUUGACAAAAAGAAUAUUUCGAGAGACCCAAAUACAAUUUUAUUUCCCGACCUAAACGAAAGCUGGUUGGGAAUAACGAUGAUAAUCAUCAUCAUCCUCAUCAAAGGGCCAAUAUAGUUACAGGCAGCCCAGGUAUACUGUGUGCCAAUAAUUGAUCGCGGAGCCUACAUUCCUGUAGAAAUUAGAAACCUAUCGAUGAGGGAAAAUUUGUUAUGAAGUCAGCGUACACCCGUCCAAAAGUCCCCUCGUCCGUCCUACAGACUGUGGGGGUAGGGCAGGAGAGACUCUGCAAGGGAAGGGACGGGGGAAUCCAAUACAUGCAGCUACUGGACGUUCCACCUGCUUUUGUGCUAUUUUGCCAAAACUGACUUAUUUGAUGAAGGACUGGGACUCCUUGAACUCACAGCUAGGAAAUCUACUUACCUUCAAUAUCCCGUAAAGCCAAAAUCUCCAAGUGCGGAAAAGUCAAAGAAAACGUUUGAGAAUUGCUUAGUAGAAUGGAGCGCGUGACCAAAUGUUUAAGAGAUUAGUAUCAGAUGAAGCGCUUUAACUGCGCCAAAAUAUCGUUACCUACUCGUCAAAAUGAAAAACCGUGACAAGGUCAAUUGCCAGUCAAGAAUUUUGUAGUGUGCUGCGGUUUCUUUUUUAAAAAAUUUGUGCCCUGAAUACCGCUUGAAUGAAGUUUAUGCGUCUGUUGACAUGCACUUUCUCUACCCUUGCCGAAAAAACUAUCUAAAUAUGAAAGAGUUAUUUUUUCUUCGACCGGCAGGCUCGGGGAUCGUAACAUUUCGAGAUUAUAAACUCUCUUCUCGAGGAAAUAAAGCAUUAUCGUUUGUUUCACGAUUCAAAACAAUCUUCUCACUAAGGGUGGAUUUUCACUGUCUCGUAACACGUUCGUACGCACGUAUAUUUUGCGCGCGUAAAUAGAAUAGAAGCAAUGUAUGAAGUAGCAUGUACGUGUAAACGUAAAAGUUGAGCGAGUUUCAAAAACUUUAAGGUUUACGCACGAUCUUUCAUACCUUGCCUCUAAUUUGUUAACGCACGUCGUUUGUACGUGCCUAAACACGUUAAAUUUACGCCAAAGUGGAAAUCCACCCUAAGAAGUCUAAAGGCUUAAUUUCCAGUGUCGCGUAAUUUUUACUUUCGCAAAUAAAAUAGAGGCAAUACAUGAAAAGUCGCUCGUAAACGCAAAACAUGAACCUCGCUCAGCUUCUCGUUUAAGCUCGGUACUUUUUAUCUUGCCUCUAUUUUGUUUAGGUGAUUAAAAUUUACAUGCGUCAACGUGCGUAGCCAAAAACGCGUCAGUGGAAAUCAAACUUAAGAAAGUCAAACAGGUGAUGAGGUCCACUGGUUACACGUCACGUUAUAUAAAAGUUAGAGACCGUAACCUGCAGCUUCUGACCUGACCACUCAAUAUUCUUGACAUUCUUUUCUGUUGUUCUUGAGAAACAUGGCUGUAGUUGUUAAUACUCUGCUCCUUUUUGUGUCCUGAUAACUGCAUUAUAUGACUAGGAGGAAUAUCCUUUUCAUUCAUUAGUAUAUACACACUCAGUGAUCUUGGUAAUUCAAGCAAUCUGAUUGGUUAGCAAUCUGGGACUAUUUAACAAUUAUUCUUUGAAAUCGAGGUGAAUAGUGGCUAAAUGUUCAACGAGAUUGAAAAGAAUAAUUGUUUUAGUAUAUACACACGAAGUGAUCUCAACAAAAUCAGAGAGGAAACCAUUAAAAAGUACGAUUUGAUUGACAGAUCAAAUCACUCGUAAGUUUAAAAAUAGAUCUUUGCAGAAUUUCCAAACAUGGCAAUUCACAAGUUUAUCAUUUCGCAAACAACAGCGUAAUGACUUAGAUGGAACCGCUAAAAGUUUGAACUGUUUCCUUACUUGAGAAGAAAAGUAGAGCUUUGUUGUUUUCUGCUGACUCGCAAAGUUUAUAGCCAAAAGGGUUUGUUGUGUCGUUCUUCGCAUGAAGUGCUGACAAAAAUGGCGGCUCGGUUGCUCGAGGUAAGACGUCGUCUUCCUGUAUCAUUCUUUUUCCUGUCUACUUGAAACGUAGAAUUUCUACAAACAUUUCCUUUUAAAUUUGUUUGUCACAAAUGAACUUCGAUUUUUGAGCCAAAAUUUUCAUGUUAGAAAACGCUGAAUUCACGAAACGGCUUCUUCUACGCGAAUACACGGGAGUUGUAAACAAUCCAUUGAGCACAAAACUCAGCUACAGUAAAUUGAAAAACGCCGCAUUGAAUCCUUCCAAGUCUUUUCUUGCCUUAAAAAAAGUCAGCCCUAGGAUUUUGUCGUAUUUUAAAAGAUCGUUCUCUAAAAAAAAAAUGAGAAAAACACCGAGCUCACACAUUAUCCACUCGCUAGGAGGUGAAUAUUGUUGAAUAGUCCGAGAUAGCGAACCAAUAGGCCAUUUGCACUAAGAGGUCAUGUGACAUCGUUUUUAUAAAAAUGAAAGCUAUAUGAUUUUGCUUUGGGGAAAGAAUUAUUGGGUCAUAUCUUAAACAAAAUAAUAGUGAUUUGAUUUUUCAAACCCGCACCAUUUUCUUAAAAUGAGUAAGUUUCUAGCUAGUCACGCGACCAAAAUGUGAUUUUUAAAAUUAUGAAUUACCUCUUUCUGAAUGCAAAUUUUGCACUUAAACUUCAAGGAAAAUUUUGAAACGAUGAUGUGGUGACGUUUAGAGCACAUCUGAGCGGAACUAUCAAACAUUUAACAAGAUAUAAGCAUAAAGUAGUUUUGGCCGCCAUGUUGGAGGGCAAGAGUAUGCCCUCCAAUAUGGCGGCCAAUACAAAUCAUACUACUUUGUUGAAAAAUCAAAGUGCCAUAAAAUAUCUCCCUUAAAGGUGUCUCCUCUCAAAUUUCCGAUGUAAGAUAAUUUCUAUGUGCUCUGUUAAUUUCUGGCAUCAACGAGAUUCCAACUCAUUUUUUAAAGGAAGCAUUGGUCACGUGACCUCUUAGUGCAAGUGGCCCAUCAGAUUGCUUAAAUCACCAAGAUCACU